AUGACGAAGCCAGUUGCCAUUGUAACCGGGGCCGCCUCAGGCAUCGGGCUUGCUGUGACCAAACAUCUGCUCAGCCGUGGGUAUCGAGUGGUAAUGGCUGAUGUCAAUCAGAAAGAAGGUGAUCGCCUGCGCUCGGAACUUGGCUCUGAUACAUUGUUCCAGAAGGUUGACAUAUCCGUAUAUGAGCAACAGGCCGCAUUAUUUUCAACGGCAUUCAAAUGGGGCGGUGGGAGACUGGACUUUUUCGCAGCAAACGCAGGUAUCGAUGAUCGACAGAGUCUGUAUGAGAAGAACGAAACUAUGGAAGUCGAUGAGAAUGGUGCUCCGAGGCCACUGAAUCUGAAGACGAUGCAAGUGGACCUCGACGCUGUGAUUCAGGGGUUGUGGCUCUUCAAGUAUUAUGCUCGACAGAAUGAGAAGAAGGGAGGCAAGGUCGUUAUGACUUCUUCAUCUGCUGGGUUAUAUUCCAUGGAAAGCAAUCCAUUGUAUACUGCUGCAAAGUAUGGUAUCGUUGGACUCACCAGGGCGACCGGGCCAGCUUUGGUCAAAGAGGGAAUUACGGUGAAUUGUAUCUGUCCUGCAUUUAUAGUAACGAAUCUGUGUCCUCCACAUGUCAGAGACAUAUUCCCAAAGGAGCAUAUUACUCCGAUGAGCACUGUCUUGAAAGCUUUCGACACUUUUAUCGACAACGACGAAAUGACAGGCCAAAGUGUGGAACUGAGCCUGGACAACCUUUAUUUUAGAAAGCAGCCAGACUGGCCAAAUGAAAGUCAGAGAUGGCUAGGAGAAGACAGUGCAAAAUUCUGGGAAGACGCCUAUAAGACACCAGCGCCAAUGAGAAAUGGAGUGUGA